UCUCUGCCACCGAAAGCCCUUGCUCCCUCUAUCAACUCUGUACUCUCUCCUUGACUCCAUUGCCUUCUUCGUUAUCUCCACUCAAAACUGGUUGUCAAAGAUGGCUGAUGUGGAAGAAAUUCAACCAAUUGUCUGUGAUAAUGGAACUGGAAUGGUUAAGGCUGGAUUUGCUGGUGAUGAUGCUCCUAGGGCUGUGUUUCCAAGUAUGAUUGGCCGACCUAAACACACUGCUGUGAUGGUAGGGAUGGGUCAGAAAGAUUCUUACAUAGGUGAUGAAGCUCAGUCAAAAAGAGGAAUGCUUAGUUUGAAAUACCCCAUUGAGCAUGGUAUAGUAAGUAAUUGGGAUGACAUGGAGAAAAUUUGGCAUCACACUUUCUAUAAUGAGCUUCGCAUUGCUCCGGAUGAGCACCCUGUACUACUGACUGAAGCACCGUUAAACCCCAAGGCUAACAGGGAGAAAAUGACCCAGAUUAUGUUUGAAACCUUCAAUGUCCCUGCCAUGUAUGUAGCUAUCCAGGCUGUCUUGUCUCUUUAUGCCAGCGGUCGUACAACAGGCAUUGUCAUGGAUUCUGGUGAUGGUGUUAGCCACACGGUUCCAAUAUAUGAGGGUUAUGCACUGCCCCAUGCAAUCCUGCGGCUGGACCUUGCUGGUCGUGAUUUAACGGAGUAUUUGAGGACCAUUUUGACUGAGAGGGGGUAUGUCUUCACAACGGCUGCUGAACAAGAAAUUGUUCGCGAUGUGAAAGAAAAACUUGCUUAUGUUGCCUAUGAUUAUGAGCAAGAGCUGGAGACUGCCAAAAGCAGCUCUACACUUGAGAAAAACUAUGAGUUACCAGAUGGGCAAGUGAUUACAAUUGGAUCAGAGAGGUUUCGUUGCCCAGAAGUUCUAUUCCAGCCAGCAUUAAUUGGAAAUGAGGUUGCUGGCAUCCAUGAAACAACUUACAGAUCCAUUAUGAAGUGUGAUGUUGAUAUCAGGAAGGAUCUGUAUGGGAAUGUUGUGCUGAGUGGUGGAUCAACGAUGUUCCCAGGAAUUGCUGACCGCAUGAGUAAGGAACUAAUUGCUCUUGCUCCCAGUAGCAUGAAGAUAAAGGUUGUGGCUCCUCCUGAACGAAAAUAUAGUGUCUGGAUUGGUGGGUCGAUAUUAGCAUCUCUAAGCACCUUCCAGCAGAUGUGGAUAACUAAGAGCGAAUACGAUGAAUCUGGUCCAGCAGUGGUUCAUAGGAAGUGCUUCUGAGUUAGAGGAAGAGAUACAUGGUGUUUGCAUCAUUACUUUGGUUUAGCUGAAUAUUGAAGUCUGUUCCUUUGUAAUGGAACGCUUUAGAACAGAAAAUGAACCUCGACUUGGUGCCAAGCAAUAUAUGUAGUAGAAGGGUGCUUCAGGACUAGAUCUUUUUUGCUUUUGUUUUGUCUUAGGUACUGUGGUUUAGCUGAUUUGAAGUUGGUACAUCGGAAAAUUUCAAUUCUCUGUUUCACUAUUUUUCUUGAAUAGUGGGUUGCUUUUUGUUAAUAUAUUUCCUACGACUAUAUUGAUGUUAGU